UCUAUGAAUUUUGUAUUGAGAUUUAACAAGCAUUUUACUAUCAAAACAUAAAUUGUUUCUUAAUAGAACCCGAAUGCUGAGUAGAAUAACAAUAUUGACAUCAUCCACCGUGGAUUGAAAAGCACAUAUAUGACUUUGCCAAUUUAAUACUUGAAAUCUGUUGCAAUGAAUGCAUCGUUUCAUUCAUACACAGACAUACUAGCGGCACAUCAAGAUUCCUCUAGUCCUGAAAAUUUCCCUUCAGUAGUCAUUGGCUAUAGAAAUCCUAGCCAUACAAAGGAUAUUGUAGAAAGCAACUCAAACAUUUCUUCGUCUCAAUUAUCGUUUAUGGAUGAGUCUUCGAAUGAUUUUAAUAACCAACAGUUAAUACACCCUGGCACAUUAAUUAAAGUAUGCGGUGGUUGUGGAGAUAAAAUAAGUGAUAGAUAUCUUUUAUAUGCUUUAGACAGAUAUUGGCACAAUGGAUGCCUAAAAUGUCAUUGCUGUGGAGCUAUGUUAGCAGAUGUUGGUUCCAGUUGUUUUACCAGACGUGGUCUAAUACUGUGUAAAAAGGACUAUUCCAGUAUGUUCGGUUGCUCAGGCGUAUGUUCUGGAUGCGGGGAAACAAUACCCCCAAGUGAAAUGGUAGCAAAAGCUCUUACUGGAAUAAAUAAUAUCGAUUUACAAAAUCAACAAAAACAAAUUAUAAACUGCGUGUUUCAUCUAAGAUGCUUUAGUUGCGCAAAGUGUGGUUCUAAUUUGCGUCCUGGUGAUAGGUACACAAUGCUGGGAGCUAGCUUAGUUUGUGAACAGGAUUGGCAUAAAUUACUUAAAAACCCAUCAAAUGCCAAUGGAACAUUAGCACAACGGAAAGGAAAAGUUGGAAGGCCAAGACGAUCAAAGGACUAAUAUUAUACUUAUUAUAAUUU